AAAUAUUCACUUUUUUAUCUACACUAAAAUGUUAGUCUAUAUUUUAAUUGUAAAUUUUAUUACAGCUAUAAAUUUCAAUUAUAUUCUUUCAACUAAAAUCAACCUCCACUGUUUAUACUCUAAGUAUAUGCUUUAUUACAUGAAUACCAAAGAAAUCUAUUUUAAAAAAGUCGAAUCAAAAAAACCACUCGAUGUUGGUAAAAUCGAAGAAUUUGAAGAUGAACUCAAAUCAAUGGGCGAAGUCGUAUUAAGUAUGCUUGAAAAUCUCUAUUAUGACUUUGAAAAUAAAACUAAAAUGUUAUAUGAACAUACAAAGAAAAGGUAUAAUCCAUACAACAAAGUAGAUGGUUUGUUAGCAUUAAAUUUGUAUUUAAAUAAUUUUUCUGAAAACUUAAAGCUUAGAUCACAUAGCCAAUUAAACUAUCAUAAAAAAAAAUUAGAAGAAACUCACUUUUUUAUAAAACGAUUUAAACAAAAUUGCCCUAUUAUUAUUAGAAGUUUAAGAAAUAGCAUUUACCUUGAUUGUUUGGGUAUAAAACCUUUUGAUUUUAAUUGGGAAGCUUUUUACUAUGAUAAAAAUUAUCAGAAUCUAGAAUUUAAUUAUUUAAAUCAAUUGUUACCUAAACGUUUAAUAUUUGAAUAUUACAAUGAAAAAGAAAUUGUUGAUAAUAAUUUGAAUAAAAUGCAGACAAUGAAAAUAUUAGACAACUCCAUAAUUGAUCUGCGGUAUUAUUUAAAAAUAAAACCAAAACGGGAUAGUGAAACUGAAAAAAUGAUGCAACAUCGCUUACAUCCGACUAAUAUUUUACUAUCAGGCUUAUUUAAAGAUAAAAGAACUCCCAAUGGGAUAGAUUUAUUAACUGGUAGUCCUGACCCUAUGGAUUUAUUUCGAAGUGUAACCUUAAAUGCAAAAUUAGAAAAUGGAAAUUACGCUAACAUUACAACAUUAUAUGAAAUGAUACAAUACGAUAUUGAUAUAAAUUGUUUUAUCGCAUAUCAAAGACAAAUUAUAGCAGCUACAAUUCAUCCUGUAUACUGCUGGAUUGGUACAUUUACACAAUUAUUGAAAAAAAUUUUUUAUAGUAAAUCAAAUGCUAACAGUGAAAUCAAAAAUCGAGCUAAUAUAUUUAAAGCUGAAUUAGGUCUCCUGAACAAAUCAAUACAGGAAGUAAUAAAAACUUUAAUUAGUUAUAAAUUGUUCCCGGAAAAUGUGCAAUUAGAUCUCGAAAUUACCUUAACGCGUGUUAGUAUAAUAGAAUAUUUUCCUGAUACACUUUGUGUGAGUAAUUUAAAUGAUGAACAGGUUGAUCAACUUUAUACUAUAUGUGCCAAUACAAUGAAUAUCCAUCUAUUAAAAUUUGGAAUUGAUGUAAAUUUCCCUGAAAUAUAUAAUAAAGAAGAUUGUAAAAAAAUAAUAAGUAGAUUGGAAAAUAAAAUCAAAGAAAUUCAAUUAUAUGUUGAAAAUUUAAUUCAUUAUAAAUACGAAUAUAACAAUAUAUUUUUUCCGAAACAACUAUUUGCCAGUGAUUUUAUAUUCACUAGUAGAUUAAAAUGUGACAUUGUAAAAAAACAUAAGUACGUUUAUCACUUGAUGGAAAAAAUGAACUAAUUGUCAAAAAAUAAUUAAGAUAACUGCAAUAUAAUAUAAUAUUCAUAAUAAAAUACAUUUUAUAACAUAACUUGAAAAACUUUAGGUUAUGAAAUGUUCGUGUAUAUUUUAUUUUUGAUUUCAAUAAGUUUUUGGGUACUUACUCAUGUAAUUUCUAUAAUUUUUCUCUACUGUCAAUAUGUAAGCUACAAUAUAAGUAUU